AGCAUAGUAUUUUUUCUACAUGCCUGCCGAAUCAAAGCAAACUGCGGAGGUCUCGUUCGUGAACAAGUAUCCCAUUCUGGUGGAUUGGGCCGCUGGUGGUACGGCUGCUGGUAUUUCUAAGACCCUUGUUGCCCCCAUAGAGCGUGUAAAGAUGCUUCUCCAGACUCAGGACUCCAAUCCCGACAUUCAGUCGGGUAAGGUUGCUCGCUACACCGGUAUUGCCAACUGCUUCAGCCGAGUUGCCAGCGAGCAGGGCUUCUGGACGCUCUGGCGCGGUAACAUGGCCAACGUUAUCCGUUACUUCCCCACACAAGCCUUCAACUUCGCCUUUAAGGAUACCUUCAAGCGGAUGUUCCCCAAGUACGACCCCAAGACGGAGUUUUGGUCCUUCUUCGCAGCUAAUGUCGCUUCGGGUGGCAUGGCUGGUGCGGCCUCUUUGUGCAUCGUUUACCCCCUGGACUUCGCUCGUACUCGUCUCGCCGCUGACGUGGGUAAGGGCGCCGAUAGAGAGUUCACCGGCCUCUGGAACUGCCUCUCGAGAACUGCUACCCGCACUGGCUUUGGUUCGCUCUAUCAAGGAUUCGGUGUGUCGGUACAGGGGAUCAUCGUCUACCGUGGUGCCUACUUCGGGUUGUACGACUCAGUGAAAAGCGUCAUUUUUGCUGAUGAGAAGAAUGCUAAUAUCAUCCUCAAGUUCAUAGUUGCCCAGACUGUCACCGCGGCCUCUGGUGUCAUCUCCUAUCCCUUUGACACAGUCCGUAGACGAAUGAUGAUGAUGGCUGGUCGUAAGGGCGGUGAUGCUAUUCAGUACACCGGCACCCUCGACUGCUGGAGUAAGGUCUACCAACAGGAGGGUGUGAAUGGCUUCUUCAAGGGCGCUUUCUCCAACGUGCUCCGCGGUGCUGGUGCCGCACUGGUACUUGUGCUGUAUGAUGAAGUGAAAAAGAUUAUUUACGGUUAGUCCAUUUUUCCAAAUGAUGGGUGUCAAUUAUUCAUUAGCUCUUCUUUUCGAAGAUAAUUAUAGGGUGUCGUUCAUAUAUGAGCUUACCGCCCUGCGCAGAUGUUGAAACGUGACAACAUUUCAUA